AGGAUGCAAAUUGCUUCUGGAACAUAAUAUUUUAUAUCAGCCUUACACUUUACAAACCUGCAGUCCUUUAUGUGAGGAACAGGAAGGAGGAUUAGUUGUGUUUAAGCUCGAAGAUUUGAUUAACUUUUACUGAUUGGUUUUCUUUUUAAAUCCAGGUCGGGUAUGGAGCCUGUCGUAAAGAACGAGAUCAUUCUGGCGGUCAGCAUCGUUUCCUUCCUGAUCGGCUUCCCUGCCAAUCUCCUGGCUCUCUUUGCCUUCAGUUCAAAGAUCCACUCCAAACCACAUCCGACAGACAUCCUGCUGCUCAACCUGGCCGUCUCUGACCUGCUCUUCUUGAUCAUCCUCCCUCUCAAAAUGCACGAAGCUGCUUCUGGCAUGGAGUGGACCCUGCCGAACAUCAUGUGCUCCAUCACCGCCUUCGUUUUUUUCUCUUCGAUCUAUACCAGCACACUGCUCCUAACAGCAGUCAGCGUGGUCCGCUACGUUGCAGUCGUGCACCCAGUCUCCUACCACAGGCUGCAGAAACCCAUGUACACGGUAGUGAUCGGCAUUGUGAUCUGGCUGACCUCUGCAGCUCACUGCAGCAUCAUAUUCAUCACCCAGCACCACCCAUCCAGGAAUACCUCUCACAUGUGCUACGCAGACUUCACAGAAGAGCAGCUGACGGUCCUUCUACCAGUGCGUUUGGAGAUCUUCUUUCUGCUUUCCCUUAUCCCUUUAGUAAUUUGCUUUUACUGUUACACACACUGCAUCGUGGUUCUGUACAGCCGCCCCAGGAUAUCCAGCCAGAAGAAGCAGAGGGCCAUAGGCAUGGCGCUGGGGACCCUCGCCGUCUUCCUCAUUUGCGUUAUGCCAUUUAGCUUCUCUCAUUUAUGGGGUUACGCACAGGGUGUGAGCCCAAGCUGGAGGGAUUACGCCUUACUGCUCUGCACUUUAAACACAUGUAUCGAUCCGAUCAUUUCUUACUUUUCCUCCUCUGCCUUUCGUUGCACUAGUCGAGGGUUCGUUCUCAGAAGAGCUGGACAAGUAGUUCCAGAUCAGCAAAAGCCAUGCACAACCUCUGGCGAUGAGUAAAAGAUCCUUUUAAUAUUGUGAAUGCAUAUCAAGCUUCAGCAUGACUGUUUUUGU